AUUUGCAAUAGGAAAAAAGGAUGAAUGUUGGUUUGUUUAGCACCAGUUUCCAUUGUGAUCAGACAACUUUAAGAGAUCUUAAAAUAAUAUACUCCUGGCCACAUCCAGUGGCGUAGCUCCAUGCGUGCAACAGAUUUCCCUCGUACUCCUGUCCUCUUCUGCAUCCCCUGGCACUGCCUCAGAAUCAGCUUGGAGGGGUUGGGGGACCCUCUGGAGCAGAUUUUGUGGGCAUGCAUAGAGAGGAGAUGAAAUGGAAGCCCCACUGCAUACGUAGAACUUCACUCACACUGUGUUGGAUACAACCCCACAACCCCAAGCCUGAUAUAAUAUUUAUGAAAUAUUACAGAAACUAGCAGAGAUGUAUCAGGGCUUCACAGUUUUUAAACCAAACCACAUAGUUCUAGAACAAACAGUUUAAUUCUGAGAAAAAUAAUCUUUUCAUAAAACAACCCUGUGUAUAUGUAAGUAAUACCGUGGAAGAAUUUUAAGGCAACAUUACACAGUUUUGUACUAUGCCAAGCCCAAGUCACAUCAUGAAUUAAGCCAAUCAUUAAAUGAGUUGGAUCUGGUGGUGAGAGGGGCUGAGAUCCAGCAAAAGCUCCUGACAUUGCCUUAUCCCCUGCAGCUCUUACUUAGUUCCAGUGGGCAGCAGAAAUUCGUCAUAAAUGACUCCCUGUACUUUUUCCAGUAGGAGCAUCACAAUCCAUUGAUUUUAAAUUGAGAAGCAUAGUAGUGAAAAAGUCUUCCUUUGGAAUGAGGAUUUUCAGGAACUGAACCUGCCACUCUGGUUAUCUCAGCUAAGGAACUACAGUGGUUAAGAACUUAAUUCGUUCUGGAGGUCCAUUCUUAACCUGAAACUGUUCUUAACCUGAGGUACCACUUUAGCUAAUGGGGCCUCCUGCUGCCACUGCACUGCCAAAGCACGAUUUCUGUUCUCAUCCUGAGGCAAAGUUCUUAACUCGAGGUACUAUUUCUGGGUUAGCGGAGUCUGUAACCUGAAGCGUCGGUAACCCAAGGUACUACUGUAUUCCAGUUCAUCUGCAGGGGAUGGGCUGUGGGAUAGUAAAGCUGCUUGCUGUGGGUUUUGGGUAUAUGUCCUCACUGUCACCACAUCCUCCUUACAGUCCGCAGCCAAGGAAACACUCCAGCUCACCUGUAGGAAAUUCUGGGAAAAGGCUUCCUAUUAGACGCUAUAAGCCACUGGACAAUUUGAAUAAAAACAUUGAUCCUCACCUUUCUGUUCAUCAUUUCCUUUGCACUACGGGUAACUCAGGAUUGCCCCAAUGAGGUUAAUCUGACUGAGGCACUGUUUUUGUCCAAAUUUCAAUUAGCAUACAGGCAAGUAAACAGACGAAAGCAAUAGCCUUUCAGUAAUUUGAAUCCUUGCUUCGAUUUUAACACUUGCUGGAUCCAGGAAUUAGAAGGGUGUUCAGCCUAUCCCAGCCCCCACCAAACUCAUAACAAUAUUAUUCCAAGAUUAUAAAGUGCAGAGUUAAUUCACUAAGUUUUCAAAGAUAACCUAGCCCUGCCUUCUGUGUAAUCCAUUGGGCAACAGCUACUGCGUCUGAGUUCCUUGCACAAAGCUCUACUCAUUCAGUGUUGAGCUGUUCCUAAGAAGAGAUUGUGAGAAAAUCCAAUUUAGAAAAACACUCUCGAAGAAGACCCAAGAGGAAAAAAAUGAGGGUGGGGUGGGGUGGAGACUGCAAAGGAAAUGCAAGACAAGCUCCGGCUACUUGAUGCAAGACUAACAACUAGAACAUGCAGGAUUUAUUAUCCAAAAACAAGAGCUUCAGUCUGAUGCAGAAAAGAAGAUGACAGACAUACCUGCACUGCUCUAAAGCUACUUUGAUAGCUGCACAACAGUAUUUUUAGCAAGAAAAGUAGUUGAGACAUGGCUGUGGAUACAAAACAAAAGCAGUUUUAUAAAUGCACUUUAUGAGGGCUGGUACUGAGCAGGGAGACCUGUGGCUCAUUCUCUCCUGAUUGCAUUGAUGACGUUUAGAUAAAAAGGGAGCUUUGCAUAAGAAGAGAUUGGCAAUUCUGGAUAUGUUCUACUGAAGAUGGCUGAAGUGGAUUUAAGCAUGUCUGGUGCCCCAUUGUCUUUUUCUUUUGGAGCUAGUGGUUUUCUUGCUGUUUAUGAAAUAGGUGUGAUCCGGGGCUUCUUGGAACUAGCGCCUGGAAUAUUGAGGUCUGCGCCAAAAAUAUAUGGAGCAUCAUCUGGCUCAAUCAUAGCAGCAGCUGUGGUGUGUGAACUUAAUCUGGAUGAUGUAAAAAGGUUUUUCUACAGGGCUGCACAAGAUACCAGGAAACCCAUAAUUGGCCCUCUUGCCCCUGGUUGCAGUGUGGUUCGUAUCCUGCAGAAAAGACUGCACCAAAUUCUGCCAGAGAACUCUCACCAGAUGGCCACAGGGCGGCUUUAUGUUUCUCUCACCCGUCUGGUAGAUGGCCAAAAUGUUGUGGUUUCUGAGUACAGUUCCAAAGAGGAGCUUAUCCAGGCAUUGGUUUGCAGUUGCUUUAUCCCAAUCUAUGCUGGCUUCAUCCCUCCCUCCUUCCGAGGUGUGCGGUACGUUGAUGGAGGUUUCACUAACUUGCAGCCUUGUUCCGACUUGGAGACGGCCAUCACCGUGUCUCCUUUUACAGGAGAGACUGACAUCUGCCCUCGGAACUGCCCAGCAAUGUUCUACGGCUUUCAUAUCGCAAACUGCACCAUUCAGAUAUCCAUAGAGAACUUGUGCAGAAUUAGCUAUGCCAUAUUUCCACCCAACUGCCGGGUUUUGAAUGACUUUUAUUCACAAGGCUAUCUGGAUGCCAUUCUCUUCUUGCACAGAAACAAUAUUUUUGAAAUCUGCUCUCGUGCCAAAACAGUUGAAUUUCUUGGUGUCUUCAGUAAAAAAGAGUUGUUCCACGCUGGUGAAGCGGCUUCCUGCCAACAACCAAGGGUGGACGUCCUCAGCACGCCUAUCAGGACAGUUCCUAAAGACUUCUCCAAGCCCUCUAAUUGUAAGAAUGGUACAGUCCAUAGAGCAGGCAGCAGACUAUUGCCACAACUGUCUCUGCAUUGUCCGAAAGCUUCAGCUAUCUUACAAAUGCAGAAAACACCCGGAUUGCUAAGUAUGGUAACAAGAUUCAUAUUGCAACAGAUUACAUCCAUUAAACCUUCUACAAGAGUGGCAUGGUCUUUCUGUAAAAGGUUGUGGCGUGUUUUGGAAGAGAUCAGCUGGCUUGGAAGACAGUUCAAAAGGUCUAAGUGAUGGUUUGUCAGAUGCAACCGGAACAAAGUAUUAGCAAAGCAUAUUGCUCUCUAAAGCAUGAAAGACGAUUCACCGAAGGCAGAAAGGAUCUGAAACUGCUGCAGAGAACAUCCAGCUCUUUUGCCUUCAGACAUGGAAAGUGUGCUGCCUGUCAAAAUUCUGCGGGUGAUAGGUUCCCCCUCCCCAAAUUAUUACAAACUGCAUAAAAUAGUCCAUGACAUCACAAAGCUCAGCAGUGAAUGGGCUCAGAGGCAAGAGAAUGACAGGCCACCCCCCCUCCAUGCUGUAUUGGUUCUAAAUCAUUCAAAUUUGAGGUGCUGCUAUGAAGAAAAAAAAGAAAUAUAUAUUUUCAUUUCUGUAGGCAACUGCUAGAAUAACCCUUAAAACCUUGAGUGAGUCUGCAGGCCAGAUCUUUUUUUUUGUGUGUGUGCAUGUAACAUCUUUAUUGAAAGUUCACAAAGUACAUAACUACCGUAUUUUUCGCUCCAUAAGAAACACUUUUUUCUUCCUAAAAAGUAAGGGGAAAUGUCUGUGCAUCUUAUGGAGCAAAUGUGUGGUCCCUGGAGCCAAAUUGCCCAGGGGCAAAAAGCAGAUUGUGCUUCUUUUUUUGAAAGAGGGAAGUGGGUGUUGAAACAAAGCCACUGAUCGGCAAGCGAUCGUGAGGGAGGUAAGGGACGCUAGCAAUAAAGGAGGCUGCCUGGGAGGGGGGGAGGUAAAGACAGCGAACUUGCAAAGAGAGGAGACAAGAAGAUUAAAGCAAUGAGGAGAGAAAUUAGAAGAAAAGAAGGAGCAAAAAACUGCUCCAGCUAAGGAA